AUGUCCCUAAACAAGUCAAAAUGUCUUAGGAUAUCCGGUAUUCCAGAUGAAUGGAGUGAAGAUAAUCUCCUUCAAUGCUUGGAGACACUCGACCCCCACGUCCGUGAUAAUGAAUUCGAAAUCUCGCUUUAUCCAGCUUGUCACGGGUCCGGUCAAGUUGGCAUGUUGAAUUUAUCCCAGUGCACAGAAUAUUUCAAACAAGUCGUACCUUACAAGCCGUUUGUGGCCCGUGCACAAGGUCAAGAUCUAUCCAUUGACUGCGACUUCAACGGUUUGACCCCCCUUAAUACUCCACCAAAAAGCAUCUCUGCCGACAUCGUUGCUGUCACUGGGCUCGCCGGACACCCCUAUGGAUCCUGGAAGAGUCGUCAAAGUCAUCGAAUGUGGCUUCAGGAUUUCCUACCCAGAGACCUUCGUGGAGCCCGAAUCAUGACGUUUGGAUACGAUAGUAGAAUAGAGGUCAACAAGGGAAGGAGCCGCAUGCUGGACUAUGCUCGGUUUUUCGUGGACCAACUGUACAUUGCAAGAUCUUCCAAAUCGGUAUGGGUACGAGUCUUCUGGAUACAUUAUCUCACUUCUGCUCCGCAGGCACAAUCUCGUCCCAUUGUCUUCAUUGGACAUUCACUCGGUGGUAUCUUAAUCAUCCAGGUGGCUUUAUCUGCAAUGGCCAGAGAGCGUGAAAUAUUGAUUC